AUGGGUAGCAAUAAUUGUGUAUCGAAUUGUGGGCGGGUUUUACUCGUCACUCUCAACAUUCUGUUUCUAAUUAUUGGUUUUGUGUUGCUAUUAUUGGGUAUUUUAGUAUUUGCCUAUACACCAGCAUUAGAUUAUGUACUCGCAGCAGCUACCAGUGCAUUUGAAGGCAGUAUAUCCGGACAAGCAACUGAUGUCACGUUUACAGCCGAUCGAUUGUUAAGCAUAAUACAACUAUUCGCCUAUAUUCUCAUUGGUUUGGGUGCCUUUUUCUUUAUUAUGGCUUUACUGGGUAUUAUCGGGGCAUGUUGUAAGGUGAAAUGCGUUCUGAUCGUGUACAUCAUUCUCAUGGUUUUAUUGAUUGUUGCCCAGAUUGCUCUCAUGGUGAUAAUAUUUUCCGAAAGACAAGUGAUCGAACCGAGUAUGAAGCAACCGAUGUUAGAUAUGACUAUGAAAUACACCGGAAGUACAGGAGAAAAUGGAGAGACGAUUACUUUAAAUUUCCUUAUGAUUUCACUUUCAUGCUGUGGAGUUAAUAAUUACGAAGAUUUUAAUUCGAGUAUUGAAAGUGGAAGCUGGGUUAACAAAGACUUGAAAACACCGUUAGUAUGUUGUGUAACCCCGAAUAAGAGUGACGAUAGCUGCGCUAAGCAUCCAGACUAUAAAAAUGCAGAACUGAACAAUGCUGAAAAGGGAUGUUAUCAAGCUCUGUGGGACUAUAUAGAUGAUGAAAGUGAUCUGGCGAUUGGAAUUAGUUCGGCUAUUAUCAUUUUACAGGCUAUUUUGGUAUUGUUUGCUAUUUAUAUAGUAUACAAAGAGUCCAAGACGGAAGUAGGCUUUAGUUAG